ACUUUCCUUCCCUAUAUAGCAACCUCACACACACCCCUAUCCUCACAAAACCUGUGUCUCUCUUUCUCUCAUUUCUUGUUCCUUCCUCCUGUGUAUCAUUCCACUACAGUAAACAAACACAGACACCGACACCGACACUAGAAAGAGCUAUGGCUCUCUCACGUGCCAUGCUCAUGCUAACCCUGUCACUCACACUCAUUGCAUCCUCCAUUGCUCAAGGUCCAUCAUCAGCACCUACAAGCACCGCCAUGCCACCAAGCACCGCCAAGCCACCAACACCUCCAACCGCCACAGCUCCUUCACCAACCACAACAGCCAUGCCACCAACCACCACAGCAACCCCUCCAACAAGCACUGCAACUCCUCCCACCACCACAGCCACACCACCUUCAUCUAUUUCCUCACCUCCAGCUAUGGCUCCUUCAGUUUCAUCAACCCCACCAACGGCAACUCCUCCAGCUGAAAGCCCAACUGGUAGCUCACCACCUUCACCACCGAGUGUAGCGCCAUCUUCACCAGGUUCUUCUCCUCCCUCAGUAGCACCAUCUACUCCAACGACGUCCAUUGGAGUGCCACCAGCAGAGUCCCCUUCCUCACCUUCAAACAAAGGAACUAGUGUUCGUGGAAGCAGCAUGGCUAUGCUAGCAUUGUUUGGAGGGAUUGCACUCCUUAAUGCUUAAUUAUUAAUGACACCAUGCCCUGGUCAUUGUUUAAAUUCAUGUAGAUUAAUUAUGAUACUUAUUUGUGUAUUCAUUUUUUUUUCUUUUCCCUUUUUUGUUUUUGUUUUUGUUUUUUCUUUCCUCGUGGAUGAUUCUUGGGAGCUGAUCCAUUUGUGAUUUUGUGAGAGUAGGAGAUGGGGUUUGGAGAUUUAUCAGAUUUUACAGCUCUUUUGUAGCAUUUUGACUUAGUUGAAUAAGAGGGACUUUCGAUUCCUGUUUGUGUUUUUAA